GGGCGCGCCGGAGCCGCGAAGGUGAAGGCGCCGCCAGUCGCUCGCGCGAGAGAGCGGCAAACGCACGACGCCUGCGCGGCACUGAUGCCCGCCAUCGCCCGACCUCCGCCGCGCGCGCAGCUACCGCCUGAGUGAGCAGUGCACCGAUCCCUGCACCGUUCCAAAUUCAAAAUCUAGUUUCCACAUGUGACAUCGUGCUACCGGCCAGUGUGAACGAACAUAAAAACUCCGUGCUCAGUGAUUGUGUCCGACUGUUGUUUUUUUUUGAGUUUUCUCGAUAAGUCUCGAGUGAGUGGCGAUAAGGAGAAUUUUUCUUGUGAUUUGACAUACAUAUGACGUGUAUAACGGUGUCGAGAUCUGACGCUUGAUCGCUUCGAUAUAAUCGAAUAAGUGUUUUGUGUAUCUCUGGAGCGGUGCGCCGGAAUUUUAACGGACUUGCCUAAGCGGAGAUAACAUAAGACGUCAAAAGCUUCACUCGUUUAUAAGGUAAUGUGAUAAGAUUGCUGGAAAGGCUGAUAAGGAAGCGGUUGUAGUAACACAUUGUAAAGAGCGAUGUCUCGGUGGAAGGGCAAAGUGAGGUAGCCGGCAGAUGGCAGCAGUCAGCGCGGCGAUGUUUCGGCCCGGGGGCGCGCUCGACCCCCCGUGCUACGCCACGCAGAGGAUAUACGAUACACCAGAGAGUACGCGACCAAAAAAAUGGUCAUCGAAGUUGAAAUUGAACACGUCAGGGAGCUCCAAGUCGUCAGAAAAAUCUCCUGACAGUCCAUACAUGUAUGGAACUGUAAGCGGUCCGCCCGGAUCAGCACUAUCUAAAUCAAUGAAAUAUGCAGAAACGUGGUUAUAUGGGUCAGUUAGGACUCCAACACCCCCUGUGAGACCGAGCGUGUUUUCAUCGUAUCCAGAGAUUCCGGGACCUGUGUUAAUUAGUACUCCACAGAAACCAACUCCUCAUAACUAUGCAGUUAUUCUAUGUUCCUGUCCUGAGUACCUAAAUGGUACCAAGAAAACCAGCUCAACCAAAGUCAGUAUUUGUAAAAAAUGUAAGGGAUCUCGUUUGCCAUUAACAAUAGCUGAAAGUCCACGAAUGUUAGUAGGUGGAACUGUCAGAGGUCCGCAAGUAAGUCGUGAUACUGGUUUACUACGAGCAGGAACAGUUCGAGUGCAAAACAGUAAAUCAAGGCCUAGCAUACUUAAAUCAAAUGGAGACUCUGCUGACCCAUAUGAUCUUAUGAGAAGAAGUCGAUUAGUGCCUCCUCAUGAAGCUCGAAUAGGAAGUCAGUUCUCAACAACCAGGUCUCGAGCAAAAAGUAUCAGUCCUUGUAGGAUUAAGAAUAAACCCAUAAUUCCAGAAAAUCUUGCAAAAAGUAGGAGUAAGUCCGUUAGUCGUGUUAACGAGAUAUGGGUUGAAGAGGAGACUAAUGCAAAUGAUUAUAAGAAAUCAAUACUGUCUUGUGAUAUCAAUCCAUAUGACUUAGUGAAGUCAAGCGGUAGUUCUAAAUCAUUAGCUGAAAGCGAAUUUGAUGAUGAAUUUGGCGAUGUAUUUCCAGAAUCCUUAAGAAAUAAAAAUGGAAAAGAUACAAGACAUACCAAAUCAGAUUCUAACGUUAAGGCCAUUAGUGGACAGAGAAUUCGAAUUUCUAAUGAAUCCUCAAAUCGGAGUACUGAAUCACCUGGUUUUGUUGCCGACAAUGAUCUCAAAAAAUCACAAUAUAAAUCUCAAGAAACUUCACCAUCUCUAUCUUUACCAAAUAUUAAAAACGAGGGAAAGAAAACGGUACCAUUAAAUAAAAAUAGUAGUAAAAAAAUAUUAAAUAUAUCCACUUCCAACCGUACAAAACCUAAAAGUGUUUCUCCAAAGCGACCUCCUAGACGGAAUAGGAGUAUAAGAAUAGACGAUGACAGUGAAAGUGACAAUCAAAAAAUUCCAGAAAGAAAUUAUAACAGAAAAUCACUUCAAGAGCAAUCACGCAAUUCUAAGUACAAGAACCAAAAUAAUGAUACUAUUAAAUCAAUUUUAAAAAAGCCGAAAAAUUACAGUAGCCCCGAUUCAAAUGCUAAAACGGAAACAUCUGAUGAUUCUUUUGAUUACAAACGAACAAAUUCUUCGCAAUUUUACCUUCCUAAACCUAAUGAUAAAGGACUGAUCUCGCCUAGUAAUAAUUUACACAGAAAGCGUGUACAAUUUUUGGUAGAAAAAGAAGAAACAAAAGUCAUUUAUACAGCAGAAUUAAACCUUCAGGAUAAUAUUGUUAAUAAUCAUUUGGAUGAAAUUAAACCAGAGCAUGAAGAUUGUGAAAUUGUUGCCGAAGGUGAUGUUGUUAGUCGCACUCUGAAAAUAUGUGACGAAAAAGCUACUACCAUAAUAACUGAGUCCUCUAUAGACGACAAUAAAGUUGUAGAAGAAAUUUCAGGUAUCAACGUUGAAGCCAUAUUUGAAAAUACUGUCUUGAAUACAAGCAAUAGCGAGACCAAAAAUAAUAAUAACCGUACUAAAUUUGAAGAUAAUAACAUACCGAAAAUCCCAGCUUUGCGGCGAUCAGAAUCUGAAAGAUUGAGCUCAAUUCUUUCUAUUUCUCCACCAAAAUUUUUAGAUACCAUGGCAUUACGUUCUAAGCCAAAACAUGGACACACAAGUCAAGUGUUCUUGGAGUCUGUUACUGAAAAAAUGGUAAUAAACGAAAGUAACAUUUUAAAAAUUCAGGACAUCAACCAGCAAGAAUUAAAAGAGAAACACGAAGAUGAAGAUAACGACAAUCUUAGUGAUAACAGUGAGAUUACAAGUGAAGUUUUAAAAAACUUACGACGUGGAAUUUCUUCGUCACCAGAGCCGCCUCCGAGAUUGAAGUAUAAAGAACGUGGAAAGAGCAAAAAACAAAAUUAUGUUAAGGCUCGUUUUAUCCGCAAUAAUUCAUCAAGUUCAACGAGCGACGAAUGGUCUGACGGAAAUGAUUGCGAGCAAAAAACUGUGCUACGAGUUAAACAAUUUGACUCAGAUGAAGCUGAUGAAUUGAACAUAAAUAAAAAUUUAUUACGUAUUAAUGAUAAUGUACCAAAAAAGACAUCGAUUCAAAUAAAUGGAAGUGAAUGUUACUCCACUAUGAAUGUAGGAACUGAUACACCAAUUUACUUGUCAUCUGUGGUAGUUAAUGAUAAUUACGGAAACACGUGCAACACAUUUCAAACAGGCACAACUGUUACGAUUAGCGUGGGAGGUCCACAGAAGGAGAUGAAGAAGUCCAAAAGUCAAAUAUACAUCGGUGCGGUAUUUUCUGAAGCAGAAGUAAGCAGAGAUGAGUCAAACACAUAUGAAGAUAUCUGUAAUGACUCUACCAAAAGUUAUGACACAACAGGUUCAUUCAACAAUAGUACUGUAAGUGAUGUUUCAUCUAUAUUAUGUGACCCGGUCGAAGCAGUUAAAAGAAAUCUUGUACCUCAUGUAUGCGGUAAGGUCAAUGACACCUCGAACAACUCUAAUGAUAUCGAUGAAAACCAAGUAACCGAACACCAAGCGGAAAAUGGAAACUUUGUUACAAAAUUAUUUAAUGAUCCCUUUUUUGGCCAUUUAGCAGAAGGGCUCGAUACAGAUUUGGUAAAGAAACUUAUUGAAAACUCAUUAAUAAAACUCCAGGAAACAAAACACCAAGAAGGGACAGAUUGCAGCAAAGCAACUAUUGAAAAGCUUAUAGAAAGCUCUCUUAUUAAUAUGAAGAGCGAUCUUGCAAAAGACUCGAAACAAGAAGAGAAACAACAAAGUAAUGAAGAAACCAGUUUGAAAAAAGAAGAGGUCAGCACAUCUGUUGUUGUAGAUAAUGACGACAAUGGCUGCUCUGCUCCCUAUGAAAGUAUGGAGUACGAGAGUGGUGCAAUGGGAGUUUUCUCAGAUCUUGAACCAAUGUCAGAUUGUUACAAUGCUUCAGCUAGCGAAUUAUCUACAGAGGAUGAUACUAAUUCUACUAGAUCAAAAUUUUAUCAGAUGCUCGUAGACGCUGCAUUAUGUGAUAUUGAAAUUGCUAACAAUACGGACGAUGAUCAUCUUUAUGAAUCCAUUCGACUUAACACAGAUCCAAUUUACGAAGAAAUUGGGGACAUGCCACCUCCAUUACCUAUCAAUCCACCACCUAAUUCCCUUUUGAUUCACGAAGAUGAAAAGCGUAGUGGAUCCCGUUCAAUUUUCGAGGGAGCGUCUAAAUACGACAUUUUGUCUUAUUUGGUUGAUGCCAAAGAGAGAGGUAUUGAUGACGAGGAAACCUAUAUCACUAAUUACGGCAAUGAAAGUGAAGCACCAACCAUAGUAAACGAAUCAAAGGAUAAACAAAAUGGUGAAAAUGCAAAAAAUCAUAUAAGUAGUAACACAAGUCAAUUAUCUAACGCAUCAGAUUCUAGUGAAGAUAAUUCUUUGAUAAUAAAUCACGAAUCUCUAGAGAAAGCUGUUGUAUGCAAAAAGACAUCAGCGGAAAUUGAAAGGAACGAUUCGGGUGUGGGUUCUGAAACGAGUAAGUCCUCAAGAAGCAGAUUGCAAGGUAAAAUUUCUCCCUGCAAUACACUUUCAGAAAAAAAUACACCUAUUCAUCUGUGCGAAGAUUGUGAUACUGCUGUAGAAACGCAAAUUACAGAGCAAGGUUCGGUUUACGCUCCUUUGGUUUGUAGAAAAUGUGCUAAAAAGAGAGCAGAAAGGAAAGAAAUCAUAUCUGAAAUUGUAGAGACCGAAGAGAAGUACGGAAGAGAUCUACAAAUAAUCUUAGAAGAAUUCUAUAAGCCAAUGUUAGUAGCAGGUCUACUGACGCAAGAGCAGUUAAGCGCCAUCUUUUUAAAUGUCGAAGAAUUAAUUGAAAAUAAUCAAGUUUUAUCAGAAAAACUACGAGAUGGCCUAGAGAUUGCUAUAGAACAAGGCGAUGAGGACUUACUCACGGUAAACGUCGGAAAGAUCUUGUUAGAAUGCUCUGGCAUGCUGACAGCGUUUCAAUCAUACUGCGUCAAGCAAGCCGGAGCAGCGUUGCUAUUAGCGGGCCUUGAAAAAGAAAAAGAACUUCUUAGAAUUUUCUUGCGUGUCUCGCAAAUGGAGAAUGCAGUUUUAAGACGGAUGAAUUUAAAUUCAUUUCUAAUGGUUCCAGUUCAGCGUGUGACUAAAUAUCCGUUACUACUAUCAAGAUUGUAUCGAGCGACGGCAUCUUGUGCGUCAGAAAGGGAGGACGUCCGGGGGGCACAGCGCUGCGUAGAAUCCCGGCUUGAGGAAAUCAACGCGGCAGCGGCUGCAGCGGCGGCCGCGGCCAGAGACGUCCCGCUGUGGCGACGACUUGCUGCAGCACGACGUACGGCACAUGAUCUACAUGUGGCCGAUAUCAGACUAAGGAAGAUGGCUGUAGAUGUACUUGAUUGGAAUCAUGAUGAUGCAAGGUUCGCAAUGGAAGGCAAGUUGUUGUUCACACAACCAAACGAUAACAACUGGCGCAAGGGACGCACCAUUAAGCUAAUGCCGAUAAAUGCGCUUUUGGUUACUAACGGAAAGCCAACGACAACACACAAGACGAACGAAAUACGAGAGACAAGGGAAGCUCGUGACCGAGAGGCAAGAGAGAGAGAGGGCGAGGCGCUAUUCGCCCGGAGCGGCGUGCGCGAGGCGGCGCUGCUGCUGGUGCGAGAGAAAGCCGGGAGAUACACGUUGCAGCGCGAACCUCUCUUCCUGGAUCGCUGCGUCGUCGCCGCGGACCACGAGCCGGAUCACUUCUUUGAAGUUCACGAAAUAACUACUAAAGAUUCUUACAUAUUUAAGGCGGAGGAGAAUACUCGUACGAGGACGUGGUACCGUCAGUUGCAGUACCACGCUCAAGGCGCGGGCGCGUGGCGCAAACGGAGGAACGCACUCGCAAAUAUUAUGAUCAAUCCUAUGCUUACAAGAAAUUAACACAAACAUUAUUAACAGUGCAAAAAGUGCAACUUGUACAGAGUUAAAUAGGUUUAAGUCAGCUACGUAUGUGUUCUCAUCCUCUGUGUGCCUAAAUAAAGUAGAUUUCUAAGAUUGA